GGCCGGAGGACGGUACAGUACAGACAGAACAGCGCUCCCUGUUGAGCGAAUGGGCGCAUUGAAAUGAUCCCGUUUACCCAUCAUUAGCAGUUAGCGGGCUGUUUUUUCCAUGCAACUCCUCCUUGCGUGAGAUGGAGCGAAAAUGGGGCACGGCCAAACUGACGUUUUAAUCAUGAAGUAAACGCUAGGCGGCUUUGACUUCAGGUAACCUGCACGCCGAACCCGGACAUGGCAAUUCAUGCUCACUGCAACCUUGGUGCUUCCCAGCAACUGUUUGUUAUACACCCCUCGCCAGUGGGAGUGAAGCAGGAUCCAUGUUUCCAGCAAUUAGCUCCUCUUCACCUCUUCCACCAUCACAAUCGUCUGACAACGAUCUUUUUUCUUUUCCCUCCUCCCUCCAAGAGCCCGAUCCCCUACAAUGAGAUUCCGGAUCUACAAGAGAAAGGUGGUGAUACUGACUGUGGUGGUUGUCAUUUGCGGACUGGCGUUGUGGACCAGCGGACGGCAGAAGAAGAUUGAGCCGUUCCCGAAGGCAAAGAGUAGCGGCGGCAUUAGCACCAGAAACAGCCUUGACGGCCAUAGCCCUUUGCUAGUAAUUCCCGCCGUGAGCCGGGCUCCUGUUGCGCCUCUGAACCAGACGCACCUGGAAAAAACAAAAGAAAAAGAAAUCAAGGGCAAGGUCGCUGUGGAUAACACCACUCUAGUCUACCGCGCCAUCGUUUUCCAACUCAACUUUGACCAGACGAUAAGAAACGAGGAGAAGUUUAAGGCGGCGCGGCAGAAGGACGACCUGGUCGUAGUGAUCCAGGUCCACAACCGACCGGAAUACUUGAAGCUGCUGGUGGACAGCUUGCGCAAGGCCCGCGGCGUGGAAAGCAUACUGCUGAUAUUCAGCCACGACUACUGGUCCCCCGAGAUUAACAAUGUGGUCAACUCGGUGGAUUUCUGCCAGGUCCUGCAGAUUUUCUUCCCGUUCAGCAUGCAGCUGUACCCGCAGGAGUUUCCCAGCAACGACCCGAGGGACUGUCCAAGGGACAUUCCCAAAAAGGAGGCCUUAAAGUUGGGGUGCCUCAAUGCGGAGUACCCAGACUCGUUCGGGCACUACCGCGAGGCCAAGUUCUCCCAAACCAAGCACCACUGGUGGUGGAAGUUACACUUUACGUGGGACAGAGUGCACGUCCUCCGGGACCACAGAGGUCUAGUGCUGCUGAUCGAGGAGGACCACUUCCUGUCUCCGGACUUUAUCCACCUACUGAAGAUGAUGUCGGCGCUGAAAGAGGAGCAGUGUGGCGACUGCGACAUCCUGUCGCUGGGGAGCUACAGCCACAUCGGCUACUCCAGCAAAGCCAACAAGGUGGAGGUGAAAGCCUGGAAGUCCACAGAGCACAACAUGGGCAUGGUCAUGAGUCGGGACACUUACCGGAAUCUGCUCGGCUGCACAGACGCGUUCUGCACCUACGACGACUACAACUGGGACUGGUCCCUGCAGCACCUCACCUCCUCUUGCUUGCCGUCCUACUGGAAGGUGAUGGUGAGCGAGGCGCCGCGCAUCUUUCACGCCGGUGACUGCGGCAUGCACCACAAGAAGGCCGCCUGCAUGCCGGCGAGCCAGAAGACCAAGUUCGAGAACAUCUUGCAGAGCAGCGGCAGCCAGCUGUUCCCCGAGAAGCUCUUGAUCACCAAGAGACUACCGAACGGAGCCGGAAGGGCGGCCCCGCGUGUCAAGAACGGGGGCUGGGGGGACAUCAGGGAUCACGAACUCUGCAAGAGCUACGUGCGAUUACAGUGACAUUUAUUGCUACUAUAUUCCGUUUUCUUGUGUCUCUUUUGCAUCCUAUCAAGAAGAAAGUCUUUUCAAAUUAAAAUCUUUAUGGACUAUUCUUCAUAUUGCCUGUUUCACUGGACUGUUAAAGAAAAUAAAGAUGAAUGUUGGGA